UCCAACUGUGUCAGCCAAAGAUCAAAUUGCUUUCUCUCUCAAAAAAACAUAUCUGGAAAAAAAACGACAGAGAUCCGAGUGCGGAUUUCUCUCGGAGAUGUCUCUUCGUGCUUCCUUGCCCGUCGAGACAUUGACCUUCUAAUCUCCGAAAACGACCACCACCGGAACAAUCACCCAAUCAUGUGGAUUUCGAGGUUGAAGAGAGUUAGGAAAACGAUUGUGGUUCUCGGCAUUGCCAAUUUGGCCGUGAUUGUCUCCGGCGGCGUUCUGACUCUCGUUUCCAACUCAAAUUGCGACAGCGCCGCCCAGCUAUUCCCCCUCUACGCCGUCUGUGUAGCCGCCUGCGUCAAACUCGCCGUUAUGGUUAAGGUCGGGUCUACACAGGAACUCAUGGCUAUGACCAUCAUGGAGUCUCCUACUCAUUACAGCCUCGAACGAAAGAUGAAGUAUAAGACGUGGCUUUGGUGGACUCGGUUUGCAAUGGUAAUUACUCUACUGCAAUUUAUUGGUGCAACUUACCUUAUGUUCCGUGUCUCCACCUUUGUUUCCCCUGAUGGAUUGCCAAGACAUUGCGUUUUAGGGCUAUCUUCAGACACGCGUGGGUGGAAGCAAACGCUGCAGGUUGCCUUCUUGAUCACUGUUUGCUUUGUUGCGUUGGCUCAAUGCUUUACGGGAUCAGAUAUACUGCAAUGGCGGUCUUUCUAUGCGACUCAAGAUGAUGCCUGGAAAGCUCAUUACCAGGAGGUGUUUGACCAUGGGAUUCGUGAAGUUUUGUGCUGUCUUGGGCGUCGCGAAUACAUGGGAGUUAUUGAGGAAGACGAAGUGUGUUCAGUUGCAAGACUGCUAGGUGAUCUUGUUUCAUAUCGUGCAUCAGGCACUGGCCACUUGGAGUUUUUAGCAGGCCUUGCUCUGUUGCAGAAUAACAACCAGUUUCCUGAAUCGCAUGAAGACUGUAUAGAAGCUCCAGCGUUUCCUCUUCAGGAGGCUGCCACGUUGCAUAAGUUUGCAGAAGCUGCUUAUACAGGGCCACUGCUAGACGUUGGGAGAAACCCUGCUUUGUUUCUAUGCACAUGGAUAUGUAGGCAAGGGAUACUAACACCUUGGAGCCGUAAAUGGCGGCCUAAGCUUGAUGGUGACAAUUGGUGGCGAGGCCAUGCAGCUGCCUUCCUUAAGUUCAUAGAUUUUCCUGCUCAUGUUCUUAGACGAGGUCGCAUUUGUAGUGAGAAGUGUAAAGCAACGUACUUCGUUGUAGUCUUGCAUUAUCUUAGAUGCGUUGUAAUUGCUGUUAGAGGAACCGAGACGGCUGAGGAUCUAAUAACCGAUGGUUUGGGCCGUGCUUGUUCACUAACUGAUGAAGACUUGGAAGGGCUAACAAAUCACAUUCAUGUUAUGGACUCUUCCCGCACACACUACGGCCAUUCAGGAAUAGUAGAAGCUGCAAGAGAUCUGUUUAUGCAAAUAGAAGGAGAACCCAAAUUUGGAGAAUCAGAAUCUAUUGGGUUCUUGUCUUCGUUAAUUGGUGAUGGAUGCGAGUGUGAUGGCUACAGCAUCCGCAUCGUUGGACAUUCCUUAGGAGGUGCUAUUGCCUCGUUACUAGGAGUUAGACUUCGUUCCAGGUUCCCUAACCUCUAUGUAUACGCAUACGGACCACUCCCAUGUGUAGAUUCAGAUGUGGCAGAAGCUAGUUCUGAGUUUGUUACAAGCAUUGUACUAGAUAACGAGUUCUCAUCACGGCUUUCGUAUGGAUCAAUCCGCCGGCUCCAAGUAGCAGCGCUAAAAGUGCUGUCUCAAGACCCUAAAGCUGACACAGCACUCAUUUUCAGACUCGCGCGCCGGUUCUUGUCUGCUAGCAAACGCCAACGACAAAAUGUUGUCGAAGGAGAAGAAGCAAUACCAUCAUCAAUAAUAACUGUUGAAGAUUCAGCUGAAGCGGAAGUGAGGGAACACGACGAAGAGUUCAUUAAUCCGUUCCACGAGCUGGUGGCCUCGACGGAUAAUCCUGUGACUCAGUUUAUGGAGACGGUUCCAACAAGAGGAGGAGAAGAAGAUGAUGAAGAAGAAGCUCCGGAGAUGUUCUUGCCCGGUUUAGUCAUCCAUAUUGUACCGGAAGUAAACAACAUGAGCGUGCCGAUAUGGCGAGGAUGGCCGAUCUGUGACGUGACAAGUGGUGGUUACAAAGCUUAUGUUGCAAAGAGAGAGAGCUUCAAAGAACUUAUGGUUUCUCCAUCAAUGUUCCUUGAUCAUCUUCCUUGGAGGUGUAGACAUGCGAUGCACAAGGUUCUAGAAUCUCGGAAUCUCUUCUGCGAUCUGACAAGUGAACCUGAUAUAGUAGUAUGACAGAGAGACAUGAAAGAUGUUCCGAUUAAACAACACAACGUGCAUAUAUGUUUCUAUUUAAUCAUCAAACAACAAACAUUAUUGAGUGAACUA